AUGCUAUCGAUCUUCGCCCUGAUAUCGCCUAUGCGGUCCUUCGCCAUGUUCGGAGUCUGGCGCGACGGGUACGAGCAGGUGGUCCCUACGUCCAUGCAAGAAGAGUGGAUCAGCCAGCGCGGAGCGGUGUCCGAUUUGCUUGCGCGAGCGCCGCAGGGCGGGACACUGCGACCGUACAGAUGCUCAGAAGGCCUCGCCGACUUAUUAUUACUCAACCUCGUCGCGUCGUCUGCGGGAUUCAGCCUGAUUCGGACUGAAUUUUGA